AUGCACACACGUAGUGCAAAAGUCAUCCAAGAUGACAUUCGCGCUGCCAUCCACCGUUAUGAGCACCAUUUGGACAUAAAGUUCCUCAGAGCCCGCCCAAUGGACAUUCAGACCCGUGGUGCUUUGGCUGUCGGCUUCGGUGUAGGUCAGGCUCGUGGUGCUUUGGAUGUAGGCUUCGGUGUAGGCCUUGGUUCAAGUCCAGUUGCCAGAAUAUCCGGCAAACAGCAAUACCACCGAGAGAAGAUCGACAAAAAAAUGUCGCUUGAUUUUCUGGGACAUGACGCCCAAACUGCACGUAAACACACACACGCAAGAGAAUCUGAAGGCAACUUUGGGGAAAAGAGCGCCUUAAUCUACAGAGCAGGAACUCAGCGAGUCUUUCGAAAUGAGCCACCCAGCAGUUAG